CGAAGCAGCAGAAGUGGCCAAGUUGGGGGUUGAUGUGCUGCAGCCCCUGGUCUCUUAUCUGCAGCAAAAGGAGACAGAGCAGCAGCAGCAGCAGCAGCAGCAGCAGCAGCGCAGGUCUGUCCUCAGCGCCAGCAUUGCCGACACCAGCAGCAUCGCCUCCAGCAGCAGCAGCAGCAGCAGCAGCAGCAGCAGCAGCAGCAGCAGCGGCAGCAGCAGCAGCAGCAGCUUCAAUAAUAAAUUCUAUGAUGAAUCCGCGUGUGUGCGUUACCGCUGGAUCCCCCCAGCGCUCAGCGCUGAGGCUGCGGACUGGAACGCGUUGGUGGGGGGCUGCGGAGGGUUUGCUGCAGCAGGUGCUGCAGCGGGAGCAGCAGCAGCAGGUGCUGCAGCAGAGGUUUUCGUGGAAGGCAGCAAAGUUGCUGCUGCUGCGCUGCAGCAGCAAAUUCAUAAUCUUAUGCUUUCUUUCCUGGGGCCCCACUGGGUCUCUCUUUGCAAACUUCCUGCAGCCCAUGUUUGGCCGGGGGGGGCCCUCGACGGAGACAGAGACAUUAUUGACUUGGAGGGCAUUACCCACCUCAUCCGCGCAGGUGGUGUGCAGGUGGCGGAGGGUUUGGGGUUGUCUAGGGUUUAG